AUGUUGGCUGGUACCGAAGCCUUUCGAAGCAUCCCCAAUUAUGAUUCCCACCUGUCCUGGUGGGCAAACGACGGGCUUCGAAAACUGAACCUACUGCUCGGAACCAUCUUCGUGGCUCAGUUUUUGAAUGGCUACGACGGUUCUCUUGUCAGUAGUUUCCAGUCCAUGAAGCCUUGGUUGAAAACUCUUGGAGAACCCGACUCUCAUCGGAUCGGUUUGUUGAAUGCUGCCCUAUAUUUGUCUGGAUUAUGCACCGCUCCAUUUGCCGCUUUCAUUGCCGAUCGCUGGGGGCGCAAGUGGUGCAUUCGGUACUCCUCCGUUACCAAUCUUAUAGGUACCGCCAUCGGUGCCGCAGCUGGCUCAGGAGGCACAAAUGCAUAUGCCAUGUUCCUCAUGUCACGGAUUGUUAUCGGCUCAGGUCUUGCUUUCGCACUCAUGUGCUCUCCGAUCAUGCUUCAGGAACUUCCCCAUCCGAAGCACAGAACGUGGAUGGCCGGCUUCUUCGAUGUCGCAUUUAUCAUAGGUAACUUUACGGCAGCUUGGGUCAACUUUGGAUGCAGUCAUCUCACGAACAACUGGGCAUGGAGAAUUCCUUAUUUGCUCCACAUCGGCCCAGCCUUGAUCAUGAUUAUCCUCAUCACAUUCGUUCCUGAGUCUCCUCGUUGGUUGAUCAAGAAUGGCCGUGAGGAGGAGGCCAAAGCCUACUUAGUCAAGUAUCACGCGAAUGGCAAGGCCGACGAUGAACUGGUUGCGUUCGAGUAUUCGGAAAUUUUGGAAGCGCUCCGUAUGGAGAAGGAGACGAAACAGGACACAUGGAAAGCAAUUCUCGGUAGCAGGAGCAGUCGUCAUCGCCUUGGCUGUGUUAUAUUGAUCGCAAUCUGCCAAAAUUUGAGUGGAACCGCCAUCAUCAGCUAUUAUUACACCGCGAUUCUUAAGCUCGUCGGAAUCACGAACACAGUCACAGUAACUGGUAUCAACGCUGGGCUGACAUCGUAUACUUUCCUUAUGGCCUUAUUUGGUCUUUGGCUCACCCAGCGCAUAAAGCGUCGACCUCAGCUCAUGGGGACAUGGGUUUGCGUUCUCCUUGCUAACAUCGGUCUUACCGUAUGCACCGCCGAGUACACUAAGACCAAAAAUAAGGGGGCCGGUAUUGGAGCUGUGGUCUUCGUCUGGUUGUACAACGGUGCUUUCUUCAUUUCUUGCGGUCCUAUUUUCUUCAGUUACCCUGCUGAAGUCCUCCACUAUUCAAUGCGUGGCAAGGGCAUGAUGGUGUGGGCAAUAACUGCGAAAUGUUUAUCAGUCUUUAGUGCAUAUACAAACCCGGUUGCCAUGACUAACAUUGGAUAUAAGUGGUAUACAUUCUACACUGCGGUCCUCUGCGUCACCGGAGUUUGCAUAUACUUCUUCAUUGUUGAAACCAAAGGCCACACCCUUGAAGAAAUCGGUCAACUCUUCGAUGGAAAACCGCUAGAAGUUACUCUUCAUCCUGAGCUUGCAGCUAUUGAGUAUAGCGGUAAAGGCGACGCUUCGGUUCACGUCAAGGGUAUUUCCGACGAAGAGAAUUCGUUGGAGCGCAAGUCUGAAUCUUGA